AAAAAUAAUUCAUAAAUAAUGUUUCAUCAAAAUUAAAUAGUGAUUAGAAUCGAGUUAUUUGUUAAAGAUUAUUCCAUAAAUGCUCCUAGUCGAUUUAUUUUAGAAGGAUAUAAGUGAUGAGAAGUUUUUUAAUGAAGGCUGUGAAUGAAGUGAGGUCGUGCCAAUGCCAUCUGAGAAGUUCCGAGUUCAUUAGUCCUAAUAAUUUGUGCCCAGGGGAAGAAAAGAGUAGUGUGUAUGUGGUGCAAUGUAACUCGACUCAAACCUUUUAGAGUGUUACAAGCGAAAUUAAUUUAUUAUUACAAUGAAAAUUUUAACAAUAAUUCACGAAUUCCAACCUGAAUACUUAAUUUUCCUAUUAAUAUAAACAUCAAAAUGCUCCCGUCAUUCAGUACUCAACAGUCGUCAUUCGACCCUAUCAAUAUUUUAUAACCUUGUGCUGAAAAUGCAGAAGUGGGUUUGCAAUUGGACGAUAGUUAGAUUUUAUUAUUAUUUAAUGAAUUUUUAUUUUUGACCUUCCAAAAGUAAGAUCAGAAGAAAUCAACAGCAAGGAUGGAAACUUCACCAGGAUAUGUGUUAAUGAAGAAAGGCAAAAGAGGGGCUGCUGCUUUUAUUCAUGCAGAUUGUUCAAAUUCUGCUCCAAGAAAAAGUCUUGAUGAUUUACUUGAUAUAUUGUUGAAUCCAUCUAAAGCUAUUGAUGAAUGGGAUACAAUUGACUGGUGCAAGUGGCUUAUGGCUGGUGGAAGAACACCUGAUGAAUUUUCUAGUAUAGUCCGUCGGUACGAUAAUGCUACUACUUGUGGUUUAGUGUGGACUGCCAAUUUUGUAGCUUAUCGCUGUCGUACGUGUGGAAUUUCACCAUGCAUGUCCCUCUGUGCUGAAUGUUUUCAACGGGGUGACCAUGAUGGUCAUGACUUUAAUAUGUUCCGCUCUCAAGCUGGUGGUGCUUGUGAUUGUGGCGAUACAUCAGUUAUGAAGGAAACUGGAUUCUGUGAUCGUCAUGGGCCUAUGUCACAAGUUAAUAAACCGUCCGCACCUCAUGACCUCAUGUGUGUAACUGAGGCUGUGAUGCCUCGAAUUAUCCUACGUUUAAUUCAACACCUCCGAGAGAGCAGUAAGUCUGGUGUAAUGGAUGCUCACUUAAUGGCUAUGCAAGAUGCAGAUCCUUUCCUCACCAUGUUACAUGAUCUUAGCGCGAUGGGCGCAGCGAUGCGGAGAGUUAUGACUGGAGCGCUUACCAAUCCUCAGGUUUACAAACAGUUAACUGAUAGCUCAAUGUUCCCUGAAGGAUCUGAAAUAGCUAAAUAUAUGGAAGAGAGUCAUAAAGUAUAUGAAGAUGCUGUUAAAUCUCUACCCAACCCUGCACCAAUGCAAGACUUUAAAGACAUUGCUGCCCUCCAAGAAGUAUUAGUACAUAGAACGUUCCUAGAGGAGCUUGUAUUUUGGACUGUUAAGUUUGAAUUUCCUCAAAAAGUAGUUUGUUUACUCUUGAACAUGCUCCCAGAUCCUGAUUAUAAGGAAGCGCUGACGCAAGCCUUUGUUCUUCAUUAUUCACGUAUUUCAAUGAUGCUCGAGAAGUCAAGUGAUCCUGAUACUCUUUCGAAUCGAGUUGUACAUGUUUCCGUCCAGCUAUUUUCUAAUGAAGCAUUGGCUCUUCGAAUGUCUGAGCGCCUUAGUCUCCUUCAUGUGAUGGUUAUAUCACUCAAAUAUAUGAUGAUUAAAAUUCUAGUUCCAAGUAUGCUACAUGAUCCCGAUAAAAAUUUCCAUUAUGUUGUCAAUUGUGGAGCACAGGUUAUGAAAGAACAUUGCUACUGGCCUUUGGUUUCAGAUCUGAAUAAUGUAUUAUCCCACAGGCCUGUUGCUGUUAAAUUUAUGAGUGAUGACAAUUUACUAGAGAUAUGGUUUGCGUUUUUAUCUAUGUUUCAAGGAAUGAAUGUCAAUCAAAGGGAACUGUCGCAGCAUGUUGAGUUUGAACCAAAUACUUAUUAUGCAGCAUUUUCUGCAGAGCUUGAGGCUUCUGCUUAUCCUAUGUGGGCCCUCCUCACUCAUCUCCGGGACUCAAGAACAGUCAAUCUUACUCACAGAGUGCUUACUGUAGCACUCAACACUUUACAAGACUGGUUUGAUGCCAUAUCGAUGACAACUCCUAACAUUGUUGAAAAUUAUCAAGUAUCAUUUCAUUUGCCGCUUCACCGAUAUUUAGCCGUGUUCAUGUGUCAAGCUGUCAAUCACCAAGAAAGAUCACUUCAAGAUGUUCUGCCGCCAACUAAAAUCCUUCAGCUAAUCAUGGUUCAUCCACUCAGAGUUCAAGUGGCUUUCUAUGAAAUCCUCAAUGGGCUAUGGGUGAGGAAUGGCUUACAGAUUAAAGGGCAAGCAAUGACUUACGUCCAAUGUAAUUUUUGUAACUCUAUGGUUGACGCUGACUUGUACCUUCUUCAAGUAUGUGCAACAGUUCUUCCGCCCUCAUUUUUCAUUCCGACCGUCCUCCAGAGGUUUCAUGUUAUGGACUGGUUGAGUUUUUCUGGUAAUGUAGGAGGUGGACCCACUCCUGAUAUUGAUUCUGAUACACCAAUGCUAGAAUCCUGCUUGACGUUUUUAGCUUCAUUAAUAUCUUUGCGAACAAACCUAGGCGCCAACCAGAGCCGACUGGCUCAGUUAGAAAUGGUUACUCUUCUUUGUAUGUCCGACAAAACCCACUCUCAACUCUUGGAACUUAUGCCAGAGAAAUCAGGAACUUCACAAAGCAGGGACUUUGAAUCGGCCCUUGCUGAGGUAGCAGAAUAUAAAGCUCCAAACCUUGAGGCCAGCGGUAAUAUGCAGCAAGGGAUGUAUGUACCAAAAGGCCAUGUCUGGGAGGAGUUGUACGACCCAAUUCAUGUUCUCCUUAGAGCUGUUCAUAGGAGGGAGUUCCAAAGUUCUAUGGAUCGCUUCAACGAAUACGUUAGCCAAAGUGGUAAACUGCGAACAGGUACCCUCGCCUGGCCUCCGUAUCGAGAGCCCCUUGAACCUCAUCCAGCUUAUCAAGAUCCCCGUAAUUUACUUAAGUCAAGGCUGGCUCAUGCUCUCUUCUGGCUCGUCCUGUACAAAACUAUUCACCAUCACACUGUGUCCGAACAAGUCGUAUCUCUUGUUAUUUACUUGUUAGAAAUGUGUCUUGCAGUGACAGGCCCAGCUGUGCAGUCUCAAGAUCAGGUAUGUGCUGUGAAACAGAGCGAGGAGCGGACGGUAGAUGAUGGGGACUUAGAGAACUGGUAUGAAUCCGACUGGCUCUCUGACAACCUUCGAACAGUUAUCACUUCUAUUAAGCUCCCUCCACAGCCAGAACCUGUUAUAUUUGAUGCCGACAGCGAUGAGGAAUGGCGUUGUGAUGGAGGAAGUAAUGAUGGUGCUCUGGCGCUUGAUUCGUCUUCAACAGCAGUCGAAGUCGAUGACAGCCUUGGACUGAGCCCAGCUCUUGUCGGCCCGUUGCAGCUUGAGGAAGUGUCUGCCACUGCAUUGUUUGAGAGUGGUGAGGCAGAUAUGCCUGCUGCGCUUCUCCCACCUUUGCAACCACUAGCAGUGAUGGCUGGUAGUGAAAUGACCCUCGCAGGAGCUUUCCAUGCCUCAACUUCAAGCAGUGAAGAGCAGGCUGGUGAAUUCACUGAAUUAGCAUCAUCUGAAAUCUUUGAUGGUCAACUAGCGAUACCCGGAAGUUCGGCUGGACCUGCAGCUACUCUUAGUUCUUCUACCAUUGGUUUCCGUAAAUUUCACAAGAGAAGACACCCAUCGACUUCUUACCAAGUGGAAUUGCCUUCGUCUGACACAUUAUUUGACGCAAAUGAAAGCAUCAUCUCACUGUUGCUGAAGCUGCACUCACACCUGUCCGGCCUUCCUGACUCAUUCAACCCUGACUCUCCGGCUCCGGACCCUUCCAAACGUAUUGGCGACGGGCCGUACUUUGUAUCCAAUGUCUUACAUCGGAUUAUGGCUCUUGAUCCACUUUGCAGGGAAAAUGUAUUGUCUACAAGAGACAAACUUUGGCCUCGUCAUCCAGAAGAAGGAGAGGAAGAAAGGAGAGAGCGCGAGGAAAGGGAAAGAACAGAGCGGCGGAGAAGAGCUAAAGAGAGACAACAGAAAUUAAUGGAAGAGUUUGCUUUCAGGCAGAAACAAUUUAUGGAAAAAGCUAUGGAAACAGAUGAAGAGGGUAUGGAGUGGACUGAAGGGAAUGGAGGAUCCACCGCUAGUAGUUCUCGAACGUCAAGGAGAAAAGAGUACGAUUGUGUAAUAUGUAGCCAGAGCUCUGAGUCAACUGAUGACAAACCGAUGGGCUUAGCAGUUUUAGUGCAAGCUACCAGUGUCCUCGGGCACCGUCGAAGGGAAGGCACGACCCCUCCAAUCCUUCCAUUGUCUGAUGGAGAGAGAGCGCAUCGUCAGGACACCAUGGCGUCUGCCUUUGAUUCUCAUGUUGACAGCUUGAGCAGGGAGUUUGAUCAGCUGUCAUGGUUGCUGUCUGUUAAUCUUGGAUGGGAAGGCGGCGUUCACGUGCAGACUUGUGGUCACCAUCUUCAUCUUGACUGCUUGAAAUCCUAUUUGCGAUCACUAAGAACUCAACAGAAAGUGGCUGCUGAAAGGGGAGAAUAUGCAUGCCCUCUUUGUCGACAACUGGCAAAUUCUGUUUUACCCUUACCACCUCAGUUAGGUGAGACUGCUGCUAUGGUAAGAUCCCGUCCUAGUAGCCUUUCUUCUAUCAUUCCCGAGCUAUCAUCAUUUCUUAAAGAGAAUCCACCAUCAACCCAGGUUUCGAAUUUGAUGGAAGCUAUGGCAAAGUCUAUGGAGGAUAUGACAAAUGCGACAUACUUGAAAUACAAACAAAAAGUAGCCACUCGACUUCCGCAAACAUUAUUCCUAUUCGUGAGCUCUAUUGCUAGAACCAAUCUUGAAGUUGAACUAGUUCAGAGAGGUGGUAAUCUAGUCACCCACUCUGGGCCUGAACCAAAUCCACUUGUUCCAAAAAGAUCUUGUAUAAUGCCUCUAUUGCACGUGUUGGCUGUACACGCAAGGUUGCUGGCUCAAUGGCCAACUUGGGAGACGUGGCAGCAACUUUCGUACCUAGAACCGGAAUCUCCUCAGCAAACACCCGUACUGGUUCCCCUUCACGUAGCUCAAGUACCAAUCCUCCUCAAGGAUCCCACGGCGCUCCUCACACACUUCAUUCUUCUGCUCCCGCUUCACCUUGAUCAAACGUACUUCACAUGUGUCAUUAAACUUCUCUAUAAUUUGCUCUACUUCCAAGUAGUAGUUCAGGCUUCUUGUCGUAUGACUUCUACUGAAAGAAGUCAUUGGCGUGGAACACCACCUACAGAUCCUAGUGAACUGAGACUUAGUACCUUGGAAGAGGCAAUGUCUCGGACUAUCCAUGCCCUAGAUCCGACUCAAUUAUUUAUUGAAGACCUUUCACCAAUGGUUGAUGGGGCUGGUUCUCAAGAAUUAGACAAACAACUAUUAGAGAAACAGGUUCAAAAACUCUGUUUACCCUUUUUACGAGUUGCAGCUUUACUUAGACACCACAUGUAUGAUGAACCACUGCCAGAGAUAGAUUGUGCAGAUUCAGAAUUCGUUAGACUUGUCUAUUAUCUUGAACUAGUCAAUGAAGGCAUGUCAUGGUCUAGGUUUAAUGCUGCUGUUGCUCUCUCUUGGCCUUCGAAACGUCACGUUCUUGAAUGGAUGAGAGAACUCGGGGAAUUUAUUAAUAGAAGUCAGGUGACAGCCCGUGGUUUACUAUCUGAGCAACAUAUAUCAUGGACACAACCUCAACUAUUAAAACUACACACACUUUACGACAGAAUAUUUCAGUUUUAUCAUCGUCGACAGUGCUCCCAGUGCCAGAGUGUACCAAGGGAGACUUCCAUUUGUCUUCUUUGUGGCGCCUUGGUUUGUUUGAAAGAAAGCUGCUGCAAACAGGCCAACAUGUGCGAAGCCGUACAGCAUUCCAUCGACUGUGGAGCUGGAACCGCAGCCUAUCUUGUUGUUACCAGCAGCUACGUAAUAGUCAUCAGGGGUAAGCGGGCCUGCCUCUGGGGCUCUGUCUACCUCGAUACCUUUGGGGAAGAAGACAGGGAGCUCAAACGAGGUAAACCACUUUACCUGAGCCCCGGGCGGUACCAGCUCCUGGAGCAGCAGUGGUUGGCCCAUCGCUUCGAUCAUACUAACAAGAAAUGGGUUUGGCAUAGGGAUGCCCUCUAGCCCAAUAAAUUCAUCUGCCCUAUCUUUUAAGUUAGCUCUUUAUUCUGCCAUUUCUUUCUUCCUUUCCUAAAUCCCAGCAACAAUUGUUAUUUAAAAAUUAUGUCAAUACCAUUUAGUCAUCAUGUUAAUAUUAAUAGUUUUCAAAAUAAACUGUUGACACAGAUGCGCCUAUGUUCUAGGAGCCUAAAAUAUCUUUUCUAAGUACUUUUAACUAGACAAUAUUGUAAAAAGCUAUAUAUGUAUUAUCAGAUUCCAGUGAGAAUUGGAAUCAAAUUAUAAAAUCAAUAGAGGUUAUUUAGUUUUAAAAUUAAAAAAAGGACUGUUAGUGUUCUCUGUGUGUUUUGUUUUAGAUGAUAUAAAAUUUUAUAUAUAUAUAUAUAUAUAUAUAUAUAUAUAUAUUCAUAAAUGUGUAUGUGUGCGUCUUUUACCUAAUUUUGUUUAUAACUUACGUGAUAUUACAGAACACCUUGCGUGCAUGACGUAGAAUGCUAAGUUCCUUUAAAGAGUACAUGUUUAUCUUUCAUGUUAAUAUUUUUUUUUAAAUAUAUGUUAAGACAAUUAAUAUCUUUUAUUCUAAUUAUGUAAGCGUGAAAAAAUGUAUAUAUAAACUAGUCCCUCCCGAAUUGAUAACUCGCAGCUGUUUUAAAGUGACCCUUGUUUAUUGAAGUGUAAUAAGUUAAGCAAAAACUAGGGGGAAAAUAUGUAUGCACAUUGCUCAAGCUUUAAGGAUUAAAUUGAAAAAGUUAAUAUAUUUAAUUUUUUAUAAUUAAUUAUCGUAAAAAUAGGUUUGAUGUGCUUGAUUAAAUAACAAUUUUGCCUCUUUGAAAUGAACGACAAUUGAUGUUUUUUAUAUUAACUGUGAUAUUCUUUGCCACAUGAUAAAAUAUUAUAUUUGAUGAUUUGAGUUGCUGGCUGGUCUUACGUAUCUAACACACCAAUCAUAUAGACAUGACUAAUUUGUCCAAAGUUAACAACUGCCUAUUAAAGUUCCACCUUUAAAAUGGUGGCUUAUAAUAAGUUGCCUAUGUUUGAGUUCCUUUAACUUUUUUUUUAUUUCUAAUUUAAGGGUACUUAAUCAGGAAGAUUAAAAUAUUAAUUUUAUGUUAGAGAAAGAAUAUAUUUUUCAGAAUUUGUAAAUUAUGAAUAAAUGUAAUUUAAUGUUUAUAUUGUAAUAUUGCAUAUAUUUUAUUCUAAUGCUCAUUUUGAGUAUUGCUUGUAAAUACGCAUUGUGUCCUCUCCCAAAAAAAAAUAAAUAAAAAAAUAAUUAUAAUAAAAAAUAACUAUAAUUUUUUUAAAGAUUCGAAAAGGAGCUCAAAGAUUUAAUUAUCUUCCCUGCUUAUAAUUAUACUUAUUUCUGAAAGCAUAAUUAAAUUUUAAUUUUAUUAUAUUUGUAGUUAAUAAGCAAGAAAUUAUCUCCAGCCAGGCAAAUUUCAACUGUUUGUAAAUAGUACUAUAAAUAUAUAUUAAAGAAGUUUUGUUGAUUCUGUAAUAUGUACGAUUUAUUAACAUAUGUUCAACUAUGCAUAUAAAUAAAUUAAUAUGAUUAA